GUGUAGAGACUCUGAGCAUGUACAAGAUGGCAUCCCACCAGCUAUACUUGAGGUUAACAGGGCUGGCUGUGUUGCUGGCACUGCUGGCUCUAGGAGAUGUGUCCAGUGACAGCAGCUUACACAGGAUCUUAAGAAAAAGAGAUGUAGAAGGAGCUGGUAUUAGCCCCUUGAAGGCCUCUGUGGCCAUCCGUCCUUCCAAAGCUCAAGAGUUUCUGGCAAAGCUCAGCAGAACCAAGAGGAACGUUUGGGACCGCAGCAGACCAGACGUACAGCAGUGGAUUAUGCAGUUUAUGUACAUGGGGUUUGAUGAGCAGAGGCUGGAGAGUGACCUGUCCUACUGGAUGGACCAUGCACGUGCCAAUGAUCAAGGGCGUCAGCACCACUAUGAUGAAAACGCUCCUAUCGGCCCGCGUGACCCUGCCUCUUACAGACACGGAGCUAAUGUCAACUACGACUAUUACUGAGUCCAGUCACACACAGAAACACACACAGGCCAAAGCUUCUACCAGUGGUCGAAGGGUUUGUUUCUUUGCCUUACUCAGUCUGUUACCUUCUCUUUGAGAGGACGCAGCCUGUCGUAGUGUGUAGUUUUUCAGU